UCGAAGAACAAGUAAAAUGGGGAAGAAGGACGGUGAUUCUAAACGCAAAAGAAAGAGAGCGAUUUUCGAUUCUGAUAGCGAAGAUGACGAGAGUGGCGGAGACUUAGAAGAUGAGUUGUUGAGUUUGACCAAGCGACAGAAGGACAAAGAUGCCGUCUCAAAGCUCCAGCCGUCCAAGGCUUCUGCGGCUUCCGAUAGCGAUAUGGAUUCGUCAGAUGAUGGCGAUGAUGAGUGGACYGUGGACUCGGAAAACAGCAARGGYAAAAUGAUGAAAGGCAAAGCCAAAAAGAAACAAGGGAAAAAAAGAACUUCAUCCGAGUCAUCUGAAAUGGAAAGUGGGGAGACGUCAUCAGGGGAAAUAUCAUCGUCAUCAUCUGAUGAUGACGAAGAAGAGCAAUAUGAUGAUGGUUGGGAUGACGACUUACUUGGMGAUGAGGCAGAUAGGUCAAUGUUGGCCAAAAUGACAGAAAAAGAGAGAGAACAAGAACUCUACAACAGAAAUGAAAAGCGUGAAGCACUCAAGACAAGAUUUGAAAUUGAAAAGAAACUUCGCAAGGCCAAGAAAGCUAAUAAGAAAAGGAGAAAGAAAGAGGAGGAGGAAAAAUCCAAUACUUACAAGAGAGGRUCAGGAAUUGCUUUAAGGAAACAAGAAAGAAAGAAAGUYGUUGAAGAAAAGAAAAUCAAAGCUCUUGAUGACUURAAAGCAAGAMGAUCAGAGAAGAAAGAAAAGAAAGAGGCAUUUUUAGAGCAAAAAGAACCCUUAAAAACCAGUGAAGUUUUUACAGAUGAUGAAGAUGAUGAUGAGCAAGAAGACAGCAAGUCUAGYGCUGAUGAAGAGUCCUAUGCUGGUUCUGACGAUGAACAAGGAUAUACAGAACCAGUUCAAAUUUCUUCUGUAGAUGACCUAGAACGAAUUAGACUCUCAAGACACAAAAUGGAGAAGUGGGUACAUAUGCCAUUUUUUGGUGAUGCRGUUGUUGGGUGCUAUGUGCGUAUUGGUAUUGGUAGUUGCGAAGGAAGACCUGUUUAUAGGGCUGCUGAAAUUCGUGAUGUGGUAGAAACUGCCAAGGUCUAUAAUUUGGGUUCAACAAAGACAAACAAAGGGCUUAAACUGAGACAUGGAGCACAAGAGAGGGUGUUCAGGCUGGAAUUUGUKUCUAAUCAAAGAAUAACAGAAACAGAGUUUCAACGAUGGAGAGAGGAAUGUGAGGAACACRGCAUACCAGUACCAACAUUAGAGGACAUCGAAAGAAAAGAAGCUGACAUUAAAAAUGCUGUUAACUAYAUGUACAACGAAGAUGAUAUUGAAAAGAUUGUAUCAGAAAAGAAAAAGUUUAGAAAAACACCUUUUAAUUACGCUCUACAGAAGAAUAAUCUUUCACAGAACAAGGAAAUUGCUGAGCAGACAGGUGACCAUGAAGCUGCUGAUAAAAUUCGUCUUGAACUUGAAACGUUGGAAGAAAGAGCACAGAACUUGGACAAACAGAGAACAAAAGGNNAAACAUGUUUUAGUUACAUCAAUGAAAGAAACAGGAARAGAAACAUUAUUGAAGCAGAGAAGGCUGCUGCAGAAGAACUAAGGACAGAGGAAAAGAAGGACGAUCCAUUUACGAGAAGAAAAACUUUACCAAUACUUGUGUCAAUGGCCAAGGCUACUGCUUUGUUUGAUGACAGUGGAUCAUCAACCCUGCCAACUGAUGACGGCACAACAUCACAAAUGAACGAGACACCUGCAUUUUCAAGAACUGCAUCGAAAUUGGUAACGCCGGCCAGGGGUAUCUUAGACACUCCUGGUAAUACAAGCGAAACGCCCAUGGCAGAYAACAAGAAUACACCAUCCAACUCGGAGGACUUAUUCUCCGCACAUAACUUCGAUAUUACCAUCAAUCUCAACUUCCCUUUACCAGAAACUCGCACUACACCUACUGUAACCCACACCCCGAAUAUCGAUCGGGAUGGAACGCCAAGAAGAUCUUUGAAUCUUGAGGACUAUAAGAAAAGAAAAGGACUUAUAUAGCUCACUAUUUUGUCUCAUUGAACUCAAAGCUAGGAAGUUAGGUAUUCUGUAUAAUAAGCUKUCAAAAAGAAAUCAAUUUUACUUAUUCUGUACAAAGAAAAUGCUGUAAUCAUUACGACAAACGACAUUAAGAAAUCACUAGUGCUCGCUUCUCUGAGACAACCAGCUCUAGCAGUUCUAGCAGUAGARAGAGCUCGCAGAGUAAAAAAGUACAUUGUUAUCUUGGCCUGUCUUCGCAUAACAUACACGAGAAGAGAAGUUAGAAGUUGUUUUUGGAAACGCCAUAAAAACCAUGAAUGAACGAUAACAGUACUUCAGUAGCUCGAUGUUAUUAUUACCUCACAAUGGAUUUUACUUCCCUGAGCCAGGAACUUCACCUUUUGAAUAAAAGAUAACACUUUUUCGCGGACAUUUAGUUMUGUAAGAGUUUUACUGACACUAAAUUUUGAAAAGGUCGUCCGGUUAAAAGAAAAAUGUAGAAAUUAUUUACACUUAUUAUACUUUUCUUGCAGUAAAUUUGUAAUUCAUUGUACAUAAUAUUUCGUGAUUCAAAUUUUGAAGUGAAGUUCAUAGUUUUGCAGUACACAAGAACAAAAAAAUGUUUCAUUUUAGCAAUGUUUUUUAACUGGACAAUCUUUUCAAAAUAAGCUGCGCUAAAAGGCAAGCCUAGUUUUGCUAAGUCUUUGUGUGUAAGUGAUCUGAAAACGUCUUUACUAGUCAAUGUUGGAGUUAUUUUAUUGUUAGAAGUCUAAACUUAAACUGUACAUGCGACAACAUUUGACAAUUUUAGAAAUAAUGUGAAUAUUUAUGAUCUUUUUGUAUUAAAAUCCUGAUGGAGUUGAAAAUA